GAAGGAGAAAUCAAAUUAAACAGUUAGCAAUGUUUUGUUCAAAAUCUUCCUUAGCCUUUCUUUUUAUGGUCCUUCUCCAAUCAGAAAUAUCUUUGGCAAUUUCUACUGAUUCAACCCUUGACAAAUUUAUCACAUGUGCUCAAGUUCAUUCUAGUGUUACUAUUCCCAUCUCCAAAACAAUUUUCAACCCAAAAAACUCCUCAUAUACUUCUGUUCUACAAAACCCAGCAGUGAACCUCAGGUUUAUUGAGCCUUCAGUGCGAAAGCCUGAGUUUAUAUUCACACCUUUACACGAUGCUCAUGUCCAAGCUGCUGUAAUCUGUUCAAAACAGCUUGGAAUUCAAAUCAGAAUACGAAGUGGAGGGCAUGACUAUGAGGGCGUCUCUUACACAUCUGUAUUCGAAACCCGUUUCAUCGUUGUAGACAUUGGCAAUCUUCGAUCGAUCAUUGUUGAUAUCGAAAAAAGCAGUGCAUGGGUUCAGGCUGGCGCUACUAACGGUGAAGUUUACUACAGAAUUGCUGAGAAGAGCAAAAUCCAUGCCUACCCUGCUGGGGCGUGCACCAGUUUAGGUAUUGGUGGACAUAUAACUGGAGGAGGAUAUGGCUCGUUGCAUAGAAAAUAUGGCCUUGCAGCUGAUAAUGUCAUCGAUGCUCGAAUUGUGGACGCAAAUGGGAGGAUUCUUGAUCGAGAAGCCAUGGGAGAAGAUCUGUUUUGGGCAAUCAGAGGAGGAGGAGGAGCAAGUUUUGGAAUCAUUCUUUGGUGGAAGAUAAAACUUGUACCUGUACCAGAAACUGUGACCGUUUUUACGGUUACAAAGACAUUGGAAGAAGGUGCCACAAAGCUCCUCUACAGAUGGCAACAAGUUGCUGAUAAGGUUGACGAAGAUUUGCUCAUUAGAGUUCUCAUAUCCCCAUCGAAUGUCAGCAGCACUAGAACCAUCUCAACUACUUACGACGGUUUUUUUCUCGGAAAUUCUGAUAGACUCCUCCAAGUUAUACAAGAAAGCUUCCCCGAAUUGGGUGUGACGCGAAAAGAUUGUGUCGAAUUGGAUUGGAUUGGAUCGGUUAUGUACUUAUCAAAUAACCCAAGUGGGACUUCUGUUGAAUUUCUUCUUCAGAGAAAAUCAGUUUUCAGAACAUAUUUCAAAGCCAAAUCAGAUUUUGUGAGAGACCCUAUUCCUGAAGCUGCUCUGGAGGGAAUAUGGAAACUGUUGCUGGAAGAAGACAGUCCUGUCGUUCUUCUUUCUCCAUAUGGGGGGAAGAUGAGCAAGAUUUCAGAGUCGGAAACUCCAUUCCCCCACAGAAGUGGAACAAUCUUCAUAUUUGAGUACAUGACUGUAUGGACAGAUGGAGAAAAAGGUACCGAAAAGCACAAGGGGUGGAUUAGGAAGCUUUAUGGUUAUUUGACUCCGUAUGUUUCAAAGUUUCCAAGAGAAGCGUAUGUGAAUUAUAGAGAUUUUGAUUUGGGUGUGAACAAGAACAGCAACACAAGCUACAUUGAGGCCAGUGUUUGGGGAAAGAAGUAUUUCAAGAAUAACUUCGACAGAUUGGUGAAGGUGAAGACAGAAGUUGAUCCUGAUAACUUCUUCAGGCAUGAACAGAGCAUUCCACCUCUUCCAGUUUGGAAAAACUAAAAGCAAAAAGAUCGUUGACAAAUGGUUAAUGGAAUGCUCUAUUUUCUUUUGUUUAU